AUGUCGUUUAGUACUGUUAAUACUGGCGGUGAUAAUGGCAUUGGCGCUGACAGAAGUGCCGGGCUUGAAAAUUCCCGUCCCGGUACUGACGGACGGGCCUCUAAUACAUUUUCAACAACCGGUAGCCAAUCUGGAAGUGAUUUAGCACACCCCGAACAAAUUUCAUCUGGAUCAGUUCAAAUACCGUCUGCAUCGGGUAGUGAAAAAUUUGAUGGCGCGGUAGCUGACAACCAGGGGUUGAUACCAGUUUCUACAACUGCGAAUAACGGGUCAUUACCUGGAGCUAGCAGUAAUGUUGGACAAUCUGGUAAUGGUAAUUUUGCUACUCCAUCAUCGUUUACUCCAGGUCGUAUUAGUAAUGGGUUUGUUCCGGUACUGUCAAAUAAUGUGUCUGACGAAUUGGCGGGCUCGAAAGAUUCAUCAGGGUUCAAUCUUGGAGUUAAGCGGGAGCGGGAACGCGAACGAGGCCAUAAUGGUGGUGAAAGAGACCCUGAACAAGAUGAUGUUAUUUCCAAUCGUCAGAACAAUUACGAUGAACCGGAAAGUGACAGUGGUGGUGAGUCACCUGAUGGAGUUGGUGGUGGACUUCAGGGAGGUUUAUCUCAAAACGCUGAUAAUAAAAGACACAGUCAUCGAAGUCGACCGAUUCGCGCUUGUACACACUGUAGGCAGCAGAAAAUCAAGUGCAAUGCUUCUGAAACGUUUCCUGUCCCAUGUUCGCGCUGCCAGCGAAUGGGUCGAAAGUGUAUCGUUGACCCCUUAUUCAGACCGCACAAGGGUGGUCAAGUCCAAUCUCUUCGUGAGGAUUUGAGCUCAUUAAGGAAACAAGUCGAGUCUUUGCAAAAGAGGGAGUCAAUGCUGGUGUCUGUGAUUGCUCAGACCAAUCCAGAUAGUCCAUUAAUUACUUCUGGUAUUGUCAACAAUGGUGCCAGUGGUAUCUCGACAGCACCGUCAGGGUCGUCUCCUUUAAACCACUUGGCUCGUAAUUCGCCUAAUUCAAAUGUCAUUACCAGUCCAGAAUCACCAAGCUCAACAGUUUCUGCUAAUAGUAAAGCAGCAGCUCAUGAUUUGUUGGGACUGCAGAGCCAGCAUCAACAGCAACACCAAUCGCAUCAUCAAUCACAAAACCAACCACAACAUCAGUCACAACACCAAUCGCACUAUCAACAAUCGCCAUCGCAAUCCCACCCAUUUUCUCAAUCACACACUCAAGCACCGGCUCGGUCGUACUCGCAGUCAAAACCACAAGGAGCACAUUCUCCGUAUGGCCAUAUCAAUUCUCCAAACAACCAAUUGGCUCCACUUCAGUCCAGAUCCAGUCCAUCUUUAGGUCCCAUCGGCAGCUCGGCACCGGUGAGUAACAACGGCUAUACACAUCCAGACUCUCUGCCACCGAUUUCAUCAGUGACGACACCAGGAGCACAGAGCCCUGGAGGUGGUGCAUUGCCUCCACCCCCUACAACACUCUUACACCGUAGUUCUUCUGUCUCAACUACUGCAUCUACAGCGACCACUUCAAAUAAAGAGGUUGUGGUUGUUGAAUAUACAGUUGGCGAUGUCAAACUUUCAGGCCAAAGGGCCGAGGAAUUGCAUCGUAGGUUCAUUACAGACUUUCUGCCGUAUGUGCCUAUUAUCGAGUCAAAUUCGGCUGAAGAGCUGUAUAAACAAUCGCAUCUGCUUUUUUGGACAGUGAUUCUCACAGCAUCACUCUCAGAACCUGAACCCUCUUUGUACUAUAGCCUGUGCAACUUAAUCAAACAAAUGGCAAUUGAGGCAUGCUGGCUACAAACACCACGGUCGACUCAUGUGGUUCAAGCGCUUUGUAUAUUAGGAAUCUGGCCAUUGCCCAAUGAAAAGGUGCUGGACGACUGUUCAUACCGGUUUGUGAAUCUUGCUAAGAGCGUGGCAAUGCAGCUUGGUCUUCACCGUGGAAAGUUUAUUUACGAGUUCUCGCGGUCGCAAACAAGUUUGCCAGAUGCAGAGAAAUGGCGAACCCGAACUUGGUUAUGUAUCUACUUUGCAGAACAGGUAUGGAGUGCCAGUUUGGGACUACCACCAAAUACUCAGGUAGAUUAUUUAUUGGAUACAUCUACUAGGGACGAGCUAUUACCACGAUCAUUCCGUUCUCUGUUAAUAUUGUCUAUUUUCUACUCAAAACUAGCUACUCUUAUGGGAUCAAGUAUCACAUCACCAGAUGGGUUGCUAGAUGCUCCUAGUCGAUGCUCGACGCUCUACUUUCUGGAACAAGAACUGGACAGACUUGGUAAAACCUUGGAAAUAGGUACCGACCCGUCUGUGGAAUUGUAUUACCGGUACAUGAAGCUCAUGUUAUGUGUAUUUGCAUUUUUACCAGGGACGUCAAGCGAAGACCAAGCCAAGUAUAUUGUCACGGCAUUUCAAAAUGGAACAAGAAUAGUGACAAUAAUGUCAGGAUUAGUGGAACAUCGUCGACUGAUUGAAUAUCCUAUCUAUAUGCGACAUGCAGUGUCAUUUGCAGCUCUUAUCUUAUUCCGAUUACACCUGUCGCCCUUGCUUCUUCCACAGUAUGUGGAAUCAGCACGGCAAUCGGUGGUGACCGUUCACAGACUAUUCAGAAACAUGCUUACAGCUUGGAAAGAUCUUGAAAACGAUAUUUCCAGAACCGCCAAAGUACUGGAAAAGCUCAAUUUUGUAAUUAUAACGCACCCCUAUUUAUUAACCCAGUCAUCAGGCAUAAUCACCAGGAUGAGAUCUCACUUGACAGCGUCGUUGUUUUACGAGCUGAUCUGGGCGGUUCACGAGGCACGACGACGAGGUGCACCAAUAAAGGGCGGUAGUAAUCUGGCUACACACGAUCCAUCCAGUACCAAUUCACCAGAACCUUCAUCUGCAGCUGGCUCAACACAACAAGUGCCACAACCAUUAGUGGGCCCGAACCCGCCUCAAUUCAACCAUCUCGAGUCCGUACCUCCAUUGCCAUUCUACAAUCAAAUCACAAAAGACGAUUUCACCACCAACACCAUCACCACCCCCAAUGGUACCACCAUCACUACCUUGGUACCAACACAUCCCAAUGCUGCACUAACAGUAUUUGGCGAGGGAAGUGGGUCUGUUACACCUGGCGUGGCAGGAGCAUCUGGACCAGGUGGAGCAACGGCCAAUGCGAACUCGUCGCGAGCCAGCAAUCUUCACAACCUGACCAAUGCACACGGCGAAUCCAACAGUUCUAAUACAUCAUCCAACCUCAACAACGCCAAUGCCAAUAAUUCCAGCAUGGCAAUGCCACGAACCCCAGGAACAACUCGAGCUAUCGGCAUUGCCCAGAGUCCACGAUUUGACCCUCCCACGCCACUAAGAGAUAUGUACGGAACAAAUGCCAGCACCGCUGUCCACCCAUCAGCAGCAGCCUCCUUCCUCGACUCGACCGGUGCAUCCAACGACCCCCUACAUCUCGAGACCCUGAUGCAGGGUAUCGACUGGAUGAACGACAACAGCGACGACUUCCUCGGCUGGAUGGACCUUAAUAUUGACAAUUAA